ACGUGAGCGAGAGAAUUGAAAUUAUUUUCGAGAGCAAAAAAAAUAUAAACAUCGAUAACACCACUUUGAAUAGAGUCGCGGAUUCGGGCGUUUGAAAUGGCCCGAGUGGUAAUCCUGAAGGCCGAAAGCGACAACAGUGAAGCGUAUGCUGGGCUGCUGCAGAAACAGGGCCUGGAGCCGAUAUUUGUGCCAACUUUGGACUUUUCCUUCAAGAAUCUGGAGGUGCUGCGGGAUCAGCUGCUGUCUCCGUACAAGUAUUCUGGAUUGAUUUUCACCAGCCCCCGGAGCAUAACAGCCGUUCGGGAUGCCCUGAAGGGUCAGAAGCUGAAGGAUGACUGGAAAACGCUGGCCAACUACUGCGUAGGGGAAACCUCGUACGAUCUCAUUCUUCGAUCCCUGGACUUGGACACCAAGGGUCAACAUUCGGGGAACGCCAGCAAUCUAGCGGACUUCAUGAAAACCGAUCUGUACAACAAAACGGUCACAAUGCCGUUUCUGUUUCCAUGUGGCAAUCUGAAACAGGACGUACUGCAGAACAAACUGUCCGAGUAUGGGUACUCGCUGGACUCGGUUGAGGUAUACGAAACGGUUCCGCAUCGGGAUCUCGAACGGCACCUACUGGAAUUGUUCGGGGAUGGUUCUCCGCCCGAAUAUCUCCUGUUUUUCAGCCCCUCUGGGAUCAACUACUGUGCCAGCAUUUUCGAACGGCACAAGCUGAAACUGGGCUCCUGCCGAAUAGUGGCCAUCGGGCCCAGCACCAAGAAAGCCAUCGAAAACAAGGGCUAUCCGGUGUACCGAACGGCGGAGAAACCGACGCCAGAAUUUGUCGUUAGUGCUUUACUAGAAACCUAGAUGAGAUAUUUUAUGAUGUUGCGUAGUUUGUAGAAUUAGUUUAUUUUCUCUCUUUAAAUCGAGCCCUUAGCUGGGCCCCAUCGGAACCGGAUUCCGUUGUAGUAAAGACCCCGUCAAAAAAAUAUUCAUCUUAACUCACCAACAAAUUCAUAAUGUUAAGUGUUACUUAAAAAUUUCAAUCUAAUUUAGAAAAACAAACAAGAAAUACGCUUUAUGUCCCGAAACACAGAACAAUUAACUCGAAGCAAUGGAAACCGUCUCAUGAGAAUGGAUAACAGGAACGUUACAAUAGUUGGUAGAACCUAGAAACUAGUCGUCGAAAGGAAAUCGAUUGUUUGUUAUUGUGGUGGUUACGAUUUUUGGAGCACAUCUGUGGAAUGUUUUGCGAGUGAGCAGAAAGUGUUCCUAUUGUUGUUGGCGCGUGAAUGGUGCCGAAAUUAAAACGCUAUCCAGUGUCAAUUUUAUUCCCUCCUGGGAAAAACGCAGUAAUGUUUCUUUUCAAACAUUUCUAGUUCGCUUUUUUAAUCGUUGUCUUCGUCUUAGAAACUAUAUUUCAACUAAAGACCUACUUUUAGCCAGUUCCUUUUUGUGGUUUUGAAUUGUCUAGAUUUAUGUUUUUUAAAUAGUUAUAAAUGUACGAAUAAAUGCAUUGUUAACCCAAAUAUCGUUGUUUU